CUUGUAAGACCAUGUACUUGCAUUUAAGAGCACGUUACCAUCAAUGACAAAGUAAGUACGACUGUAGAGGUCGUCGAUUACGUAGUACAUUGGAUCCUUACCGGAACUCGCAGCUCAUGGCGGGUUGGCUGGCUUUUACCUGCUGCGCCGGGGCCCUGAUUCUUCUCUUCUUGCCGUCUCUAGCGUCGGAGGACCGGCUUGUCUCCGGCAAGCCGCUCUACCCCGGCGCUACCGUCAUAUCCGAUGGUGGUGCCUUCGCCUUGGGCUUCUUCGCCCCUUCCAACUCCACUCCGGCCAAGCUGUACCUUGGCAUAUGGUACAACGACAUCCCCGAGCUCACCGUUGUGUGGGUUGCCAAUCGAAGAAACCCAUCACCGACUAACACCUUCUCUCCACCGACGCUCUCCCUCUCCAACUCGUCGAAUCUCGUCCUCUCCGAUGGCGGUGGCCGUGUCAUUUGGACGACGGACGCCGUGGCUUCAACAUCGAGCUCAUCAUCUCCCUCGAUGGCGGUGCUCGAGAACACCGGCAACCUCGUCGUCCGGUCGCCAAACGGCAGCAUGCUGUGGCAGAGCUUCGACCACUACACCGACACGGUCCUUCCCGGCAUGAAGCUCCGGUUCAAGUACGGCGCGCAGGGUGGCGGCCAGCAUCUGGUGUCCUGGAAGGGCCCCGGCGACCCCUCCCCGGGGCGCUUCUCUUACGGUGCUGACCCAGCCACACACCUUCAGAUAUUCGUCUGGGACGGGGAUCGCCCAGUAGUCCGCAGCAGCCCGUGGACGGGGUACCUGGUGGUGAGCGAGCGGCAGUACCAACAGGAUAACAAUGGAGCAGCCGUGGUCGUCUACAUGUCCGUCGUCGACGACGGCGAAGAGAUCUACAUGACCUACACCGUUGCCGCUGACGCGCCCCGCAUCAGGUACGUGGUGACACAUUCCGGCGAAUACCAACUCCGUAGCUGGAGCAACAAGUCGUCGGUGUGGUUAGUCCUCUCAAGGUGGCCAUCCCAGGAAUGCAAGCGGUACGGCUACUGCGGCCCGUAUGGCUACUGUGACGACUUAGUGCGGACGUGCAAAUGCCUUCACGGCUUCGAGCCGGAGAACACGAAGGAGUGGGACAAAGGUAGGUUCUCAGCAGGGUGCCGACGGAAGGAUCUGCUGGACUGCAAGGACGACGGCUUUUUGGCCUUGCCGGGAAUGAAGUCACCCGAUGGGUUCACUCGCGUGGGCAGGGACAUGAGCACGUCGGAGGAGUGCGCGGCAGAGUGCAGACGCAAUUGUUCAUGCGUGGCAUACGCGUACGCCAACCUGAGCAGCGGACGACGGUCCGGUGGAAACGUGUCACGGUGCUUGGUGUGGUCGGCGGAUUUGGUUGACACCGCCAAGAUAGGCGAAGGGCUCGACUCCGACACACUAUAUCUCCGCCUUGCAGGCUUGAAUGGUGAAAAACCAAGGGGCAUUGUAGUGAUGAUUGUAUCACCAAUUUUAGGAACUGGCGUUGUGGCACUCUGCAUUUUACUGGCAUGGCUAAAAUUUAAAGGAAAAAAUAGGAAAUGGAGAAAACACAAGACCUUUUAUGAACAUGGGAAAGGACACCCUGCCCAUGAUCACGAAUUUCCAUUUGUUAGAUUUGAGGAAAUUGCUCUAGCAACGAACAAUUUCUCUGAGACAUGUAUGAUUGGACAGGGAGGAUUUGGAAAGGUCUAUAAGGGUAUGUUAGGUGGCCAAGAAGUUGCUGUCAAGAGGCUAAGUAGUGAUUCUCAACAAGGAACAAAGGAAUUCAGAAAUGAAGUAAUUCUAAUUGCCAAACUACAACAUAGAAACUUGGUUCGACUUCUUGGAUGUUGUGGAGAAGGAGAUGAGAAGUUACUGAUUUAUGAGUAUCUACCCAACAAAAGCUUAGAUGCUACCCUUUUUGAUGAUUCAAGAAGACUAUUGUUGGAUUGGACAACAAGAUUUAAUAUAAUAAAAGGAGUUGCGAGAGGACUUCUGUAUCUCCACCAAGACUCAAGACUGACUAUAAUUCAUCGGGAUCUGAAAGCCGGAAAUGUUUUGUUAGAUGGAGAAAUGAAACCCAAGAUAGCAGAUUUCGGCAUGGCGAGGAUUUUCUGUGAUAACCAACAAAAUGCAAACACUCAACGUGUCGUGGGAACAUAUGGCUACAUGGCUCCUGAGUAUGCAAUGGAAGGCAUUUUCUCUACUAAGUCUGACGUCUACAGCUUUGGCGUGUUAGUACUUGAGGUUGUAACCGGUAUAAAGAGAAGCUCCAAUAGUAACAUCAUGGGCUUCCCUAGUCUCACAGUCUACUCAUGGAAUAUGUGGAAGGAAGGGAAGACAGAGGAAUUGGUGGACUCUGCUAUCAUGAAUACUCAUUCUUUGGAUGAAGUUUUUCUUUGCGUCCAUGUAGCACUCUUGUGUGUUCAGGAGAACCCAGAUGACAGGCCAUGCAUAUCAUCAGUUGUGUUUGUCCUAGAAAACGGAAGCUCCACACUUCCAACCCCCAAUCGCCCUGCCUACUUUACACGACAGCGCAUACCAAUGGAGCAAAUCAUAGAUGAUAUACAGAACUCUGGGAACAGCUUUACUCUCAGCGAGAUUCAUGGGAGGUGAAAUUACUAUAUUAAGACACGUCAACCCAAAUUUCCACAUAACGAUAGUCGUCAUCCAUUGUAUGGAAGUCACUAUAUCUUGCUUUGUAUUAUCUAAUCUCUUUUUGUUUGCCUUAUUGACUUGGGAUAAAACCAAAUACUAACAUAAAUAUCUUUUUUUACUGAGAACAUAACUAGCAAAAUAAUGGAAAA